UGAACCGACGCUGUGACGUCAUUUCCGCUCUUUAGUCAGAACCUCUGAUAGGUUUAGUUCACCUUGUUGAACGUUGCUAGACAGCUCGCGAGUGAGAUCGUUUUUGAGUUUUCGUGCUUCCGUUUGAGCAACAGCGGAAAGUCUAAGUCUUAUAAGGUGUUUGUGACGAUAAAUUCAAAGUAAUAGGCAGACGGACGAGGGGUAGACCUGGAGCGCUGAGCUAAGAAGCUAACGCGCGGCUAAAGAAAGGCUUUCGAAGCUGUUCUUUGACCUAACCACGGCUGAAUUCGGUCCGUCUGAGUGCUGUCCCACUUUCCCAUGCCCUCAGCCUGUAAGGUGUAACAUUUCCUGGUGGAGGAACGAGGUAGGCAGGCAGGGUCCUGUUAAACAUGGAGGAUGAUGAGGUAGCGGAGAGCUGGGAAGAAGCAGCGGACAGCGGGGAAAUUGAGAGAAGACUUGAAGCAAAGUUGAAGAUAAAUCAGGAGACAAAGAAGUCCAGUGUAAAAUCUGCAGGUUCUCCAGUGCGAACUGCUGUCGUAAUCCAAGAUGACUCUCUGCCUGCAGCACCUCCACCUCAAAUCCGAAUUUUAAAGCGUCCCACUAAUAACGGCACCACAGGAAACUCGGCGUCCUCGUCCCGUCCCUCACAGCAGAUGAAGUCUUUGGCUCAACGGGAGGCAGAAUACGCUGAAGCCCGAAGAAGGAUUUUGGGAAGUGCUUCGUCAGAAGAAACGCCUCAGGACAGCCCAAGCCACGAUAGGGCUACUCGUGUGAGUGUGCAGCAACCUUUAGAACCAGUUCGUCCAAACAAUCAGGUGAUCCGUCAACCCACUGGCCCAGAUGGCACCUUGGGCUUCCGGCUCUGCAGAUAAAGGGACGCUGCCAGCUGUAAGGAACAGUUUCCCCCCUUUACAGAACAGGGCGGGUGGGGAAUUCAGAGGGGUUGUUUGUGUGUGGUUUGGAGAGCAGAGUGGUGAGAUGACCUCAAAUUUAACUGAUAGAAUAUUUACGAAGACCCAACAUGGACUCAGAUGAACUUCUUCACCCUCUCUCUACUCUGCUCACUAGUUUAGUCUUUGCCUUCUUUUGAGAGGCUGGCAGAGAUCUAAGAUUUGAAACCUCUCCUGCCGCCAGCAUAACCAGGCUUGGGUUGCACCCCUCCACACACACACUGUGAAACUGCGAUGUACCGUGAUGUGCUCUGAGUCUGGUCAGCUGCACAUACCCCCCCACAAACCCCCACCCCCCCGCCAGGUGUCUGUCUCUUCAGGGAGAAGAGAGAGAACUUGUUAAUCUGUGGGAAAUCCUCCCAGAUGUGCAAGAAGAAGAGCCUUUCAUCCCACUAAAGGAGCAAAGGUCACAGCUCGGUGUCCAAGAGGAAGGUGGCCAUAGUUUGUGCUCAGAAAAAGUUAUUACAGUGCCAAGAACUGACUUCAUGUUUAGCAGACUGAGUGUGAAGUGAUGGCAAGUCAUGUCGAUCGGACCUUUUCUGCAAAUGUGCACAGCGCUGAAUCAAUGUGCAAAUGAAGGCUGUGUCUCAGCAGAACGCUGCUCGGCCCUCAGGCCCACACUCAGCACCGGUAGCCCGGCUGGUACGCAGCCUCUGGCCCAAAGCUUUGAUCCCAGUGGCAGGAUCACUAAAAGUUUUUACAAGCAAUAACAAUGAAAUGACUUCCUGGAUUUCUUUUUUCUUUGUCUUGUUUUAAGCUGUUAACGUUGUCCAUUUGUGUGUUUUUCUUUUUGCCUGGUGACCGUUGAUGUAAAUCAGGAGGAUAGUAAAGUUCAGAAAAGUAGGGAGACUUUGUUUGUAGUGCUUAAUUUAUUUUCAUACACUUGACGAAAGUCGGUAACUAAGAAUCAAAACUUGUGGUUUUCAUAUCGGUUUAAAAUCAGAGUUUGAUCUCGUCUCGAGUCAGAUUCGUGUUUACGCAGCAGCACAUUAAUAAUAGUCUUAUAUCAUGCUUAUAACUCACACAGACAGGGUUACGUCAAGCCCGCUGUGGGGAAAACGCAUCUGAUGCUACGUUUUAGCAAAUAUUUUGCCAGUGUUGAGGAAGAAAUGGCAAAAACUGGUCAAAACCUGCUUUUUAAACAGUGACCUUUGAAAUACAGCCUGAACCUCUCUUCCUGGGUCUGAAUGUCUUCCUGUGGUGUUUUACCCACGGCAGAAUUUUACUAAAUGUUUGCUCGUUUUCCACAGAAUCAGAAGAAGAGCUUAUAAAGUGUAAAAAUAAGUCAAGUCUUUUUGAAUUCUUAGACAUUUAUGCCUUAAAUGAUAAAUGAACCCUGCUUGCUAACAAACAAAAACCUUGUUUCUAUGGUUGAUCUGUGAAGCUUCUGAUGGGCUUCUGGAGGAACUACCGUAAUUUCCGGACUAUAGAGUGCAUUUCAAUAUAAGCCGCACCAACAAAAAAAAAAAAAAAAAAAGCUUUUCUACACACACACACGCCGCACUCAAAUACAAGCCGCGGCGCAGCAGCCACAUGCAGGUCUCCGGCGCAUAGCGCAUGUACGGCCAUUACAUAAGAUAAUUAGACAGAAAGACGCCACACUGAGGUUUUUCGUUGUUGUUUUAAUUCAACAAAACAAAUUUUAAACACGGGUGAAUGUGCCUGCAAGUUUAGAAAUGAAAACAGCACUGAUAGCAUUCAUAUUUCUGGAUGGUUAUAAGAUAAAAACAGCACUGACACGUUAUUACCGUUAAUUUGCAUGUUUAGAAGAAAAGAACAGCGCUGACACAGCAUUAAUAAGCCCUGGAUGAUUAGAAAAUAAAAACUGCACACAAAACAUGCCUGUUAGUAAAUAAAACACACUUGCCUACCAGAAAAAGUCUAGCUCUCAUCUUCCUCUUGCGCACUAAAGCCAUUAAAGCCUUCUUCUUCAGUGUCGGAGUUGAACAGCCUCAGAAGAGCUUCGUCACAGACCUUUUCUGUGGCGAUGUCAGUGUUGCUGUCCGUGUUGCUGUCAUCAUCCCCGGGUGAAGCCGGCUUGAAUGAGUUCUUCCCGCUGCCGUCUCCAGCGCCGAGCCAUGGAUUCAUUCAUGCCAAGCUUACGUGCGGCAGCACUGUUUCCCUCCUUUACUGCCAGAUCGAUGGCCUUCAACUUAAAUGCGGCAUCAUAUGAACUCAUACGUGUAGUUACCAUGAUGAGGGGGUAUGGAUUUGAAAAAGAUUCUUCGUCGUGCCAGCUGCUUGCAUGUGCUAUUUUAAAAUGAGCACUUUCUUCGAUUUCCACUUUUGACUUCCACCUGUUUCACUUUCUGCGAAAGCGCCCCCUGGCAGGUGAAGGAAAAUCUUCAGUAAAGCCGCACCUCAUUAUAAACCGCAUGGUUCAAAGCGUGGGAAAAAAGGUAGCGGCUUAUAGUCUGGAAAAUACGGUACUUAAUGCUUACAAAGAGCAGAGUUUUUACUCAAUUCAAUUCCUUCUAUGUUUCUUUAAAACCAGUUGCAGACUGAAGGGAAGUAAAAUUCCUUUGAUGUUUUGAAAGCUAAACUUUUAUUAAUGGCAUGUGUUGGGAUCUACUGUAGGAGGAAUCUUGGAACAAACUGAUUUGGGAGCAUCUGGUUUGGAUAAUUGACUUUAGAGAAGUUUUUUAUUAAUAUACACAGUCUCUUUCAGGUGUUGAAACUUAAGGGAUACGUUAUGACCUUAUAUCAAUAAGCAGAUACCCAACAUGCUAUCGGUGUGAUCAGAUCACAAUGCUUUUCUUUCACAGCCAGGUGUCCUGUUUGAUGCUCAUGUGAUGCAAUUGUUUUGAAACUUGAAAAACCCUACAGAAAACUGAAUACCCUUUAAUAAACUCAUUUAAACAUGA